GCCACUUUCAUUCCUCACUAACACUUUCACAUACCUCACUUGGCUAGAAAUGGCUAACAUCAUUCAAUCGCUUUUUGUCAUCAUUCUCGUUUUCAACUUCGUGAUCGCAAUAGUGAUAGCAAUUCGAGACUUCCCCGACAAGAACCUUAAAACACCCGAAGAGGAGGAUGUGAAACACCCCGAGACUUUCUUCAAUUAUGAUCGUGGAUACCUAAUUCCGGGUAUUGGACGAGGUAUUAAACCAAAGUCAAAGGAAGGGUUCAACCCUUUCACCUACAAUCCGAUUACGGGAGGUAAUAAUGGAAUCACGGGAGUCACUGUCCCUAGUGGUGGUGGCAACAUCCCUGGUUACGGUGACCUCGGUAGCAGUGGCAGUGCAGGCGGUAGCUACUUGCCAGGUGGCGAUGACACAUUGGUUCCCACUCCCGAGGAUGAGGGCCCAAAUCCUGCCCCGGAUAGUCCUUGAGAUCCCGUUUCAUGCAGUAAUACAUGACAUGACAGUUUGUGCUGUGUUUGACAUGUAUUAGACUGAAGGUGGAACUGAUUUGAUAAUGUUGUCACGUGUAGGGGCGAAUGGGCAUCACGGAUGAAGAUUCUUGUUUUUGAUUUUUUUAGUGUUUCUAAUUUAUGUUAUGUAUUUAAUAAUUAAGGUUGUAAAAUGAAAUGUUUUGGUCAAUAAAUAGCAAAUAAGACCAAAACUUAUGUAUUAAUGUCUUCUUAGCAUUCGAAUGAUAUAAACUGGACCCAUGAAACAAAAUUGUUAAA